AUGACGUCACGCCGCGUUUUUGUGAGUGGGGCCGAAGUUGCGCCCCAGCCGGGCAGCACCGCCUCCGCCGCCUCCGCCGCCUCCGCCGCCACCGCCGCCGUCCACCGCUGCGACCUUUGCCCCUACAGCACCGAGCACCGCGGCUCGUUCAACCGCCACCGGCGCACGCACUCGGGCGACGGGCCCCGGUUCGCGUGCGGCGCCUGCGGCAAGGCGUUCACGCGCGCCGGCAACCUGCGCAGCCACGAGCGCACGCACACGGGCGCCGACCUGUACGUGUGCACGGUGUGCGGGCGCGAGUUCACCGAGCCGCGGGCCCUCCACCGGCACCACCGCACGCACACGCGCGAGAAGCCGUACGCGUGCGGCGCUUGCGGCAAGGCCUUCACGCAGUCGGGCAGCCUGCGGAGCCACCGGCGGACGCACACGGGCGAGCGGCUGCACCGGUGCCGCGUUUGCCCGCGCGCCUUCACCGAGUCGGGCAACCUCGCCAAGCACCAGCGCACGCACACGGGCGAGAAGCCGUACAAGUGCGGCGCGUGCGCCAAGGCGUUCACGCGCGCCAAGAACCUCAGGAGCCAUCAGAAGGUUCACGCCGGCGGCGCCGGUGCCGGUGCCGGUGCCGGUGCCGCCGGCGGUGGCGGCGGUGCGGAGGGCGCCGCUGCUGCUGCCGCCGGAAAGAAGGAGGAUGAGGAGGAUGAGGAGGAGGAGGUAGGGGAGGCGAUCAUCAGCAGGGAGGAUGGGAAGCUGCAGGUGUGAGAGGGGUACGCGGAGAGGCACGGGGUCAACCGACACUCCCACCCAGCGGCGCUCACCCUGACCACCACCACCGUCACCACCCACCCACCCACCCUGCCACCCG